AUGCAUCCCAAUGCCAUCUCCGUUCUCGCGGCUUUUCUCGCUGUAGGCGACCUCCACUUUGGGGCAGCUCAGGAUGUUUCCGAAGCGCACGUGGACCGACCGCGCUGGAAUCCGCCAGAAGUUGAGCGAACCUCUCGCAAAAAUACUCAGAGGAACACUUAUCCCGACCCCGGCUUGCCCUCAAAUGGCUUGUCGGACAAUUUGACGCAAACCCAUGGCUCUUCCUCUCAGCCAGCGGUUACUCCCACUCCGGAGAGCUCGCCCGCCAUUCAGACUCAAAAGGGACGAGAAAUCGUUGAUGUGACCAUCUCUGUCUACCUUAAGAGCCCUAAGACCCCACACCUUGCUAUUGGCAACACGAACAUCAGUGGUGAGCUGGCUGCUACCACUGCAAUAACUAGAAAGACUGAGAGUUCAAGCAGCAGGAACAUCCCCCGGCAGAACUCCACUGCCGCAUCUAUCAGUGUAGAAGCCACAAUAAAGGAAGAAUGGACUAUUGAAUCAUCACCCAAUAUGUCAACCGGGGCUGCUUCAACUACUUCAACCACAUCCUCCACCGACAACCUUCCGGAUGACUUGGCCGCUGGGUUGGGAAACCUCAUUGAUGGCUCAACUGGUAGCUCCAUUUCAUCGACUGCCCCGACUGUGACAUCCACUGUCGAAUCGCCAACCAAGGCAUCUACUUCGCUUGCUUCGACUAAGUCAACCAAUCUAUCAACCGCCAUUUUUGAUAAUUUACGAUCGAGCCAGGACAUCGUCCUUGGUAGCUCAACCGGCGGUUUAGUCUCUGUGGCGUCCAAUGGAUCUGGUUUCUCUAGUGCAGACAGUGCCAUCAGUGCCGACUCCAGCAAGAUCAGCGGGUUGAAUGCGGCAAGCUCCACUGCGAAAGUUGCGGGAUUGGACCACCCUGACCACUUGGGUCUGGGCGAUAAUUCCUCUACCCAAAGCAGUAUCACCAAUACCCUUUUCACUGAUACUUCUAGACAGACUAGUAUCCCAGUCAAUAUGUCUGUGUCCACAACUAGCUUGCUCUCGGCCACUUCUACUCCCAUUGGAACCUCAACUCUUAGUAAUUUGCCCGAUGGUCUUAUAUCUGGCCUGGAUACUCAGUACGGCGCCACUCCCUCAGGUACUGGUAGUACUGCCCUUUUCAUGACUGUGCAUGUGCCCAAUACAAGCUUUUCGCAAUCCAAGACAACUAGUCUCGCUCCUUCCCUGGGGCUGGGGGUAAACACAACUGUACUUAUUCCGACAUCAACCAACUCUAUUGGAACAGUUCACAUCUCGUACUCACCCAGUUUGGAUGAUUUUACCUCUGCUUCGAGCACUGAAACUAGAACUGGCAUGGAAUCCAGUACUGGCACCAAGUCUAGUACUAGCGCUGAAACUAGAACUGACAUGGAAUCCAGUACUGGCACCAAGUCUAGUGCUGCUCUUGAGUCAAGUGCUAGGAUUCGCUCUGGCACUGUCUCUGGCCCCAGCAGCUUAUUGACUCCUACUCCUGAGGUUCUCACGCUCGGCCAUCAUUCGUUUUUCACACCUCUCCUUACAUUUACCAGCGAAGUGAGCAUGGCCAAGAGCUCAGAGGAGCCCCAGUCUACACAAAGCGCAACUUCUACUCCUUUCACCUCCAACGACGACUGGAUGCCAUCCACCAUUCUUAUGGUGCCUACCUUUACCACGACCGUUAGCUUGACCUCUGACCAGACCAAGAAAUCCGAGGCAACAUCGCUUCCAAGUUCUAUUACCCCAUCAAACGAAAUUACCGAGGCUCCAUCUGACUCGGCCCUUCUUCAGCUUGGUUUUGACAGCCAGCUGCCGUGGUCAUUUGUUAUUAACACCCCUUUGUCGUCAUCUCAAAUCAUUAAUUACACGCCUCAGGCCAUUGAGAACGCUUUGCCAAGUCUCUCUUCCAAGGACAGCCCCGUAAUGCUUUCCCUUGAGCCUUAUUACAACUGGCAAUCUACAGGCUACAACGCUACCCUUGCUAUCUUCUAUUUCCCUCGCGAGAAGGUCGAUCUACUAAGAGCUCUCAAGGUUAACCCCAACUCUGCUCUAUACAACCAGGCCAGUGAAUUAAUUCGGUCACUGAUGUCCAGAGUCGACCGAACAAUUCCACUUGAGUUCUAUGGUAACUACCCCAGUGGAGCCAGUGACUCAACCGGCGGUGGCGGCGAUGGGGGUAGUGAGAGUGGUAGCGAUAGUCGUUCAGAUGGUGGUACCACCAACAACGAUGGUUCUGCCAGCAUUUCCAAGACUAAUCCCAGCUCAAUUGGAAUUGGUAUUGGUGUUGUGGCCAGUGCCGCUGCUUACGGUGCUGGUAUGUUCUGGGUUGCCCGCCGCUACCGCAAGAGAAAGCAGCUCCGCCAGCACACCCACUUGACUAGCAGGCCGGUGAACCAGGGGGGUUCCGCUCCCGGUCCGAUACUCGCUGCCGCUGCUGGUGGCCGUACCCGCGGUCAAGGCAGCCGCCGAACUGCUCGCUCUCAGACGAUCAGCGGUCCGGCCAUGGUGGAGAACUCUUUGGGAUGGAACUAG